ACGUAUAAAGCGUCGUCUGCACUCACUGUUCUUUCUGUAGAUCUGUAUAAUAAUAAUUUAAUUAUCCUUACUAAAACAAUUAUAUAUAAAAAUAUGGAAGGUGGUAUAAUAGAACAAAGCGAUCGCUGA